GAGAGAGGGAGAGGGCAAUGGAGGAAUUUAUUGUUGAGACCCUUUUGAGCGGCGACGGCGGAGCACAAAUUCAGGGCACCAUCGAGCUGAGCAAGCUCGGCAGCAAGCAGAGGCACAAGCUGGCCGACCGCGGCGUCAUUCCUCCAUUGAUAUCGAUGCUUCACUCCCAAGACUACGGAGCCAUGGAAGCUUCUCUUUUCGCUCUGCUCGCCCUCGCCUUCGGCAGCGAAAGGAACAAGAUUCAGAUUGUGAAAGGCGGAGCCAUUCCGGCAAUGCUGAAUCUCCUCCGGAGCCGGUCGCUGGUCGAAUUGACGGCGACGGCCAUGUUGGUCCUCUCCUCUUGCGCCGCCAACAAGCUGCCCAUCGCGUCCUCCGGCGCCAUCGAAACGCUAAUCGCGAUCAUCUCCGGCUAAACCGCCGCGCAAUAUAACAUCGUAGCGUUGCAGAGAGAGAGAGACCCAGAAUAGAGAGUAUGGCGCCUGGCGCGUAGCAUCUCCUUCGUCACCGGCUCCCAGCUUCUCUCUCUGCGGCGGCGUCCCAACAUCGCCAUCGUCGACGUCCGAAAUGAGAAGAGGAGCUACGACGGCCACAUCCCCGGGUCCCUGCACUACGCCAGCGGCACCUUCUCCGACAAGAUCGCCGACCUCGUCCAGGACGUCAAGGGGAAGGACACCCUCGUCUUCCAUUGCGCUUUGAGCUAGGUAUUUGGUUCGAUUCCCCGUUCGAGGUUUUGGUAGGAGUUGAGGUUGCCUUGUUGCGAUUUCGUUUCGCGUGGAUACACCGGGUUUUGUCUAUAUGGGUAGUUAGUUAGUUCCUUGUUGGAGGGGACGGGGAUCGUUUGAGUUGGCACUCCUUGAUUUUUAUCCGUUAUAAUUUUUAGGUGAUUUUCGCUUAAUUAGAAGUGAAAUUCUGGUGGUGGGUCGACGUGAUUUGGUUCUUUUGAGGAUAGGGAAGUUGCUAACUUCUUCAGCUAUAUGGGUCUGAGCAUUCUAGUUGAGUUGGGCUCUUGAUAGGCUCAAUAGCAAGUUACUAAGUCAAAUUAGGUAUGUUUGUGCCGUUAAUUUGCUUUCUGUCUCGAAACGGUAUGUCCUCGCUGAUGUCGUGUUACAGAAUCGAGUGCCGGUUUAGUGGUUAGCGCCUGUCUUGUCUUGCAUUCUCAUGUUGUGGCAGAGAGUAAUUUGUCCUCUUUGGAACAUUGAGGAAGCUUCGGGGACAAGUUGAUAAACCUCGUGAAAUUAGCCGGAGUAGGGAAAUCCUGAUUCCCCACGAGUUUCCAUGAGUGUGGAAGAUGUAAAAAGAAAGAAAGAAAGAUGCGGGUGUGCGUAAGGCUUCCUUUCGUAGUCAUGGGAACUGAAAAUGUGGACUUCUGCACUUGGGUCGUUUUGGGGCACACGGAGAGAUGGGGUAUUCGUCCUGUUGCCAUCUGUUUGUAAACUGAAAAUGUGGACUUCAAUUGGUGCUGUUGACCUUAAAGCCUGCAUCUGAAAACUUGGUUGGACAAGAUGCAUUUAUUUGUCACAAGAUAAACCUUAAGGUUAUAACUCUUGGAAUGAGAUGAUAUCAUGAUUGGCUGAUUUUCUC